GUAUAUGACCUAUUGACCGCUCUUGUUUCUCAAAAUCCUCGUCAGUCUGAGCUCUAGUUGUUCAGAUACACGUCACACACGAGUGCCCAUGACGGAAACAACAAAGAAAAUCCUCCCCGUAGAGGGUGAGCGCAAUGUACUCAUUACCAGUGCGCUCCCAUAUGUCAAUAACGUGCCUCAUUUGGGCAACAUCGUCGGCUCCGUUCUAUCCGCCGACGUCUUCGCUCGAUUCUCACGCGCGAGAGGUUACAACACUCUAUAUGUCUGCGGAACAGACGAGUACGGAACUGCAACUGAGACCAAGGCGAUAGAGGAGAAGGUCAGCCCCAAAGAGCUUUGCGACAAGUACUUCGCACUGCAUAGUGAGGUUUACAAGUGGUUCAACAUCUCCUUUGACCACUUUGGGCGCACACCCACUCAGCAACAGACCGACAUUGCGCAAGACAUCUUCACAAAGCUCUACAAGAACGGCUUUCUCGAGGAGCAAACCACCACACAGCCCUACUGCGAGACACAUAAGAGUUUCUUGGCAGACCGUUUUGUCGAGGGUACAUGUCCUUUAUGCAAUUACGAAGAUGCGCGCGGAGAUCAAUGCGACAAGUGCGGGCAUCUUCUUGACCCUCUAGAGCUGAAGAACCCACGGUGCAAGCUCGACGGCGCAACACCAGUUCCACGUGAGACCAAGCAUGUCUAUCUGUGCCUGGACAAACUACAGCCGCUAGAAGAGGAGUGGUUCAAGAAGUCCAGUAAGGAAGGCAAUUGGAGCUCCAAUGGUGUCCAGAUCACUUCUUCAUGGCUCAAGGAGGGUCUGCGACCACGUGGUAUCACUCGAGAUCUUAAGUGGGGUACCGCAGUGCCGCUCGAGGGCUAUGAAGACAAGGUCAUGUACGUGUGGUUCGAUGCCUGUAUAGGUUACGUCUCCAUCACUGCAACAUACACAGAAGAUUGGAAACAAUGGUGGCAUAACCCUGAACACGUCAAGUUAUACCAGUUCAUGGGCAAGGACAACGUACCAUUCCACACUGUCGUCUUCCCCUGUUCGCAAAUCGGCACCAAGGACAAGUGGACCAUGCUUAACACUAUCUCCACAACAGAGUACCUGAACUACGAAAAGGGUAAAUUUUCCAAAUCGAGAAACAUUGGUGUUUUUGGCAAUAACGCCAAGGAGACUGGAAUCCCAUCGGAUGUAUGGCGCUACUACCUUCUUUCGCAUCGUCCAGAGACCGGAGACACCGAGUUCGAAUGGGAUGGGUUCAUUGCCGCAAACAACAACGAGCUUCUCAAGAACCUAGGCAACUUCAUCAACCGCGUCAUCAAAUUUGUAAACAACGCCAAAAUCUACGAUUCGGUCGUGCCCGAUUACACCAAGUUUGACGACCCCUACUUCACAGAGCACAGGAAAAAGGUCAAUGACCUGUUGAAGACGUACAUCGCCGAACUCGAGGACGUCAAGAUUCGUGCAGCGCUCGCAACAGCGUUACACGUGUCCAGUCUGGGUAACUUGCUUCUGCAGGAUAACAAAUUGGACAACAAGCUCGCUACUGAACAGCCAGAUCGGUGUGCUGCCGUCGUUGGGCUCGCACUGAGUCAAAUCCAUCUCCUCGCUAGUUUGAUUCAGCCUUUCAUGCCUGAUACGACUGCCGCCAUCCUCUCCCAACUCAAUGCCGAGUUUCUUAUUAUCCCCGAUUCCUGGGAAGCACGUUCGCUACCCGUCGGGCACAAGAUUGGUACUGCCGGCUACCUCUUCAGUCAGAUCAAACCCGAGAAAGAACAGGAGUGGCGAGAGCAGUUUGGUGGUGAGGAGGCUCGCAAAGCCAAGGAAGAGAAAGCAAGGAAGGCAGCAGCUAAGAAGGCAGACAAGGAGCGCAAAAAGGCAAAGAAGGCAGCCGGACCUGAGAAGGGUGUUGAAGCUGCCGAGAAGGGACAAGAUGGACCUGCACCAAAGACUGCCGAAGAAGAGGUGUCGCGAGGCGUGGAGCAGGUCAGCUUGCAGACUUCCUAG